AUGAACGCAGUUUAUUCAUGGAUCCCAAAGUUCACCGGCAGUCAGGAGAGCAUUCUGCAGUUGGAUUUGGAUAUGGAGGAAGGAGACCUGAUUGAUGACCACAGCAGUACUGACGGUGGCUAUCAGCGACGCCAUAGUGUUAGCCCUUUGCCCCAGAUCAGGGCCUCCAACGAGAAUCGGCUAUCCCGAAGCUCCUCCGAAUCGGACUCGGACAACGAACAUCAACCGUCUUCCAGCCGGCAUCAUUCCAACAGACAAUCGGUGCAGCGGGACAGCUUGCCAACCGGGGACUGUCCGGAAUCGGAUCGUAAUCCGGAUGACAACAACAUCUGCGUUGGUUGUUUGGCUGCGGCAUUGAACAAGAAGAAACACAACAUGGAGAGUACUUUUUCGCAAGAUGAUGCCGAUAGUGAUUCCUUCUCAACCGGCCCGCAUGGUUCCUCCAGUCUUCCGGCCACACUCAAAAAGUACAAAGGCAACCACUCGACCGGAUCGUGCCGUGGCAUGAAUCCGCCGGAUCACUACCAUCAACACGUUCCCCAGCAGCCCCAGUCGAAGCUUCCGUUUAAGUUCUACAAAACUGAUCACAGUCAGGGCCGCAGGGUUCGCACACCCCUGAAGAACCUGAUCUCCCAAUCGGUAUCGGCCCCAUGCGACGACGGAUCCCUAACCAACAUCGAUCUGAGCUCGGAAGUGCACGAGGAGUGUUCCGAUGCGCCGGCAGCUGUCGCCGUCCCGGCCAAGCAGCCCGCCCGCCGUUGCUCUCUAUCCCGAACGUCCUCCAGCGGUUCAGACUCGCGCAACUAUGCUCAUCUUCAUCAGCAUCAUCGUCAUCCAGAUGACGGACCAUCAUCGAACGGCGACGAUCCGGAACACGAUGACGAGGGUUCGGACGAAACCGAACCCAACAGUGACAUGGAUCUGAUCGCCACCAAGAGCAGGGACGGCAACGAAGGCGACUGCAAGAAGAAGUGAUAAACGUGAUAUUAGGAUAAAAAGGAUACUUUAAAUCUGGGUGCUGCGAAUAGAGUCGCUUUUCUGCUCUCAAGCGAGUAGCGGGAUAUUUUGAAAUCAAUCCCAUAAGCAAAAUUAUUUUGCAGUUGCUCGGCUGUCAAACAUUUCCCGCUCUUCGAAUUUCUC